AUGAACGAACGCAUGACAGAACUGCAGGCUGGCCUUCGCAACACUCUGACGGAGUAUAAAAGUCUCCAACAGAAUGUCAGCUUUGUUUUGACUCAGAAAGAUACUGUUCUGGCUGAGGCUAAGUUGACCAACAUCUCGCUCCAACACAAACCGGAGUUGGGACGGUCAGAACUAGCCAAUCUCCAGGCAUCCUUUGAUGAACUGGACAGAGCAGGACACUCGAUGGGAAUGUGCUGGCCAAGGAAGGUCUUCAGUCCUCAACACACCAUGACUGAGUUACAGGCCAGUAUAGAAGCCUAUAGACGUGUCGCCGCGGACCGGAAGACUACGAUCCUCAAUGAGGUCUCCGACUCAAACGAGGGUCAGCCUGGUGUGAAGGCUGAGAGCGACGAAACUCUUCCCUGGAAUCCCUGCUGUGUUUCCGCUGUUAGUUUCAUCGCAGCCCUGGCCCGUGCCGAGCCCAUGCAGUUCAGUCUCAUCCGUGACCUGUCCCGACUGCGAAGCCUGUCGCGCGAAUUGAAGGCCCUACUCGAGUCCUUGCAGAUGGAGGUGGAAUUUAAGCACGCAGAAAUCGCUGACAAGAGUAGACAGCUCAUUCUGCUGGAAGCUGAUACAGCAGAUUUUCUCCGGGGUCUCGUAGUCACUCUCCUCGUGGCCGCCUCUGCCCUGGGUAACCCACCUGGCGGACCCCCUACUGGUUGGCGCUGCCUUUACGCCAGCGAUGUCUCCGGCUGCGCUGACGUGACGGGGACUGGAGUGGGAAAUCUUUUGUUCAAAUAA